AUGCCCAUUGAUUCCAAAAGCUACCCCCAAGUUUGUCCGAGAAAUAGAAAAACAUUUGAUAUUUCCCAUUACUCUUCCGUGAUUCGUCUCCUCGUCCUCCCACCCCCGUUUCCAGGGGCAUCAUCGCCUGUUGUUGCCACUAAUGCUGGUAGUACAGAUUGGUUAGGUCAUGGUCAAGAUAUUAGAGAAGAAUUUGCCAAUCAGCUUAAUGAAGGGCAUAAAGUAAUUUACCCUUGGAGAGGAAAUAGUUGUGUUGAAAGCUUAGUGCAAUUCCCUUCUACACCUCCAUUAGCCCUCAUAAGAGGCCACAAAGAUCAUUGUGAUGGAUUAUUCAAAUUUCUUUACCUCCUAAUUGUUGCUUCUUCCACACUUGAUCAAAUGAAGGUCUCUAGAGGCGUUGAAAUUGACUGA